GUCAUCAUGCCUGAACCUGCGAAAUCUGCUCCUAAAAAGGGCUCCAAGAAGGCCGUUACUAAGACCGCCGGGAAAGGAGGAAAGAAGCGCAAGCGAUCCAGAAAGGAAAGCUAUGCAAUCUACGUGUACAAAGUGCUGAAGCAGGUUCAUCCUGACACCGGUAUUUCUUCUAAGGCGAUGGGAAUCAUGAAUUCAUUCGUCAACGACAUUUUCGAGCGCAUCGCCGGUGAAGCGUCUCGUCUGGCUCACUACAACAAGCGCUCCACCAUCACUUCACGGGAGAUCCAGACCGCCGUGCGUCUGCUGCUGCCCGGUGAGCUGGCCAAACACGCCGUGUCUGAGGGCACCAAGGCCGUCACCAAGUACACCAGCUCCAAGUAGAAUAACAGAUUGUUAGACACCCCAAAGGUCCUUUUAAGAGCCACUCAUCUUUUCACUUAAAAGAGUCUGCUGUUGUCGUUGUUUAUCUUUGUUUGUUGAAUGAGACAGCGGAAAUAUUGGACUGCCCAGAUCGAAUGUAAUGUUGCACGUUUUUUUUUUUUUUUUUUUUUUUUUUUUUUUUUCCAUGUUUCCUCUGCUGUUUGCUUUGGCUUGCAAAGAUGGACUUUGAUGCAUACAAGAGUGUGUCUAGUGGUUGCAGACAGCUAGCAAUAUAAGCUGUGACAUAUUACACCCAAAAAUUCAUACAGUGGGCUAACAAUAAAAUUGUUAAACUUGGAACCAAAAAUCUUUCAGACACUUUGACCGGACCAUGUUUUGCUUAAAUGUUUUUUUCUUUAAUUGUUGAUGCAAACUUUUUACACCACAGACGGAAUUAAAUGAAACAUUGCUUGGUAUUUGGUUGACUUAAAUUGGUCGCAUCUAAUUGUGUACUUAAAUUUAAUAGCUGACACCUAUUCAACCUAAUUCAUUAGUGAGACAGUGACAGAAGACUGGCAUUAUCAAGAAGAAUGUGUUCUGACACAGUUUUAACUCCAUUCUUGUCGUAUUUUCUUACCAUUUUCUAAACUAUAGCGAAUAAACUGUGAUAAUGUGAGAGAUGUAGGUGUCUGAAUAAAUUUUGGU